CACUUUCUCUAGACUACGAGAUACAUUGUUUCGUUUUUACCGUUACAAAUCUAACCAAUUGCUGUAUCGGUAACGAGUGCAAUAACAGUUCGUUUAGAGAAAGUACUAUCAGACAUUUCUAAAGCUUUAUUUGUGCUGAAAAUAUUUUCGAUGUGGAAUUAUCUAGUUAAUUUCCUCAGGCGUUUACUUGUGCUACCCAAGGGGUCUUUUCCAAAAGUAUUUAGCUGACAAAAAUGUUAUGGUUGAAACAACGUGUGCACCAAAUGUUCCACGCGUACAGUAAAAUGACACAAGUUUACAUUUCGUCAAGAAGAAGAUGAUAAGCAUUAGAAGAUGUUGAAGUGCCGCUGGUUUCGUUCUAGCAACCAACAAACGCAGUGAUGUCGUCCUCCAGUGAAACGUGCCCGUUCUGUGGGAAAAACUUCAAGAGACUGAACAGCCACCUUCCCAGAUGCAAGAUGGCUCCGGUCACCACAACCACACAAAGGUCACAGAUCCCCCCUGGCCCAGCUGACCUCAUCACAGACAAGAACAGCAAGAAGACAUCUUUAUCAUCGUCUUCUUCAUCACCAUCAACAACUUCUACUAAGAGUAAGAAGGCAUCAUCUUCGUCUCCAUCACCAGCGUUAUCACCAUUGGCAACUACCACCAAGAGUAAGAAAUCAUCAUCAUCAUCAUCAUCGACAACUACUAAAAACAAUAAGAAGACACCAUCACCUUCCUCCUCCUCAUCGUCAUCAACAACAACGUCAAAGAAACGGCAGAAGCUCCUUGAUGAGACUUUCAUUCUCUCCAAGGACAGUCUGGCAAAAGAUCCAGCCAAUAUCCACACAAAACUCAAAGCGAUAGCCAAACUCAAAGCAGUCCCUGCCACAGCCCCAGUGAGCACUAAAGCAAAAGCUGCCUCUAAGAAGAAGGUUUCACUGAGGGAGCAGAUUGAACUAUCUGCUCAGACAGCCAGAGCUGCUGCCACACUAUCCCAGGAGCCUUUACCAGGGGCACAGAGUGAAGCAAGACCCUUCUGGAAGGAGGAGGUGGGGAGCAGUAGGGAGGAGGUGGGAGGAGAAGAGAAGCUGCAGGGGUCAGGCAGUGGUCAGCCCAGACCCAGCAUCCAGGACCACACCACCGUCAAACCUGACCGUCUGUACAGCAAGACAAUCGCACUGGACCAUAACCCAACCAUAACCUCUGACCUCAAUAAAGACGGUCUACGCAGCAAGACAAGCAACAGGGGACAACUCAUGGUCAACCACGUUUCAACAGUACUGGACCGUGUUCAGACCACAACCGCUGAUUGUAACAAAGACUAUCUGUAUAACAAGACCAGAAGACUGCUCACGGUUGAACUCGGUCAAACCUCCGUGAGGACAGAGUCAGCAACAGCCAAUCAGAGUGUGACAAGGGAAAAAGCGCCAUUCGACACCAGGAAGUAUGGCACUGAGCAGAGGAUCAUGGGUAAACUGUCUCUAGGGGAGGUGAGGCUGAAGGAACUACCUUGCUGGAUCGCUACCAGAGCUCCCCGCAACCCCAGAAAUGGAGUACAGGCCCUGAUCAGCGGAUGGCAGUGGUACUACAGGAGGUAUAUAGAUGUGAGGAAAGGUGGAGUGGGAGGAGUGGCCAUGCUGCUAGCAGGAUACUGUGUGCUGGGCUACACCUGGCACUACCCACACAUCAAGCAUGACCGCUGGAGGAAGUACCACUGAGCCCUGCUGAGUGGUAGGGGUCAAACUAAGGGGAAACCUCUUCACUCUGGGAGCGCGCCCCUAGUGGUGUGGUGGAGAAACAUUUUCCAACAGGAGACAUAUUUGACGAGCUGCAGCUAUGGCGAAAACGCUUUGGCUUUAUACACAUAUUCUUCUGUGUGAAAGGAGAUGAAAUGUAUACAGAAGCAACAAUGAGGUGCCCAGGGAAAUAGUCUCAUUUCAGUUUGAAGUUUAAUUUCUUGUAAACCUUGUGGACAACUCUUUAAGUAUUUAUGUUGCAUUUGCUGUUGUUUUGUUAACUGUUUAUGAAAGGGAAGGAUAUCUCAAUGUUACAGCACGUCUGCUUCUAGGACAAGUUAAAAAUGAAUUGUGUUCUCUCUAAACUAGUGAGAACAGCAUCAAAAGCUAAUUCAGCACUCCUAAAGGACUCCCAGCCAAUCCAGCAAGUGUCACUGUUGGACUGUUUUUGUUUAAACUGACAAUGUACUGUGUGUAGCAUGCCCUCCCUAUCAAUGCCUCAAAUGAUUGAAUGUAGUCAUGACCAGCCAUGAGACAAACUGGCCCAAGUAUAGUAAUACUAUAAUAACAAGUAUUACAGUGUGUGUGCUUGCAGUAUUUAACUGACUGUGAAGGUUUUACCAAUACUACAUGUUUGAGAAAGGUUAAGUUUCAAAUGAAUCAGGCUAUGCCCAUUUAUGAUUGUAUUCAAAAUGAAUGUAUUGUUGACUUUUCUCUUUCUGUUGUAGUGAACACAAACUAAAAAUGAACAACACAGUA